AACUAGCAAGCAAGGAAUGGGAGAAGAGGGAGGGGAAGGAAGGAGGCGAUUCUCCUCUCUCUCUCUCUCUGAGUCCCAAGCUACUCUCCAUCCCCUUUCCCACUGUUCUUAGCCUUUAUCUCCCAUCCCGAUAUCAAAUUAAAAAAUUAGAAAUAAACCACUAACAUCACUGUUAACACAUUAUUUAGAAUUCAUCCUCCCAAAUUAUUAUAAAUAACCCCACCCCAAUUUCCCCAAAAUUCUGUCUUUCCUCCUUCCCCCUUCACCCCAUAUCCAACCACCGCCACCGCCACCAUCUCCACAUCCGCCGCAGCUGCACCACCAACACCGCCAAAAUGCUCCACCGCCUCCUCCUCCAUUCCUGCAUUCUCCUCCUCUCUCUCCCAUUCUCCCUCUCUCCCGCUCCCUUCCUCGCCGCCGGCGCCGGCGCAUUCCUCCACCCCAACUCCACCUACCAUCCCUACGCCCACCCCGACCCCGAAUCCGUCGUCCGGGAGGUCCAAAGGCAAGUGGAGUCCUCCCGGCGGCGAGCUUUGCUUGACGCCAAGAAGAAGGACCUGGCGUCGCCCUCGUGCCUGACCGGCAACCCGAUCGACGACUGCUGGCGGUGCUUCGGCGACUGGCAGUCGGACCGGCAGCGGCUGGCGGACUGCGGCCUGGGCUUCGGCCGCGACACCCUGGGCGGCAAGGGCGGUCCUAUCUACGUGGUCACCGACCCCUCUGACCGCGACCCGGUCAACCCGGCCCCCGGCACCCUCCGCUACGGCGCCAUCCAGGAGGGCCCCCUCUGGAUCAUCUUCGCCGGCGACAUGACCAUCCACCUCAACCAGGAGCUCCUCGUCAACAGCUUCAAGACCAUCGACGGCCGGGGCACUAACGUCCACAUCGCCGGCGGCGCCUGCAUCACCCUCCAGUACGUCUCCCACGUCAUCCUCCACAACCUCCACAUCCACCACUGCGUCCCCACCGGCGAUGCCAACGUCCGCUCCUCCCCGACCCACUACGGCUGGCGCACCCGAUCCGACGGCGACGGCGUCUCCAUCUACAGCGGGCGCAACCUCUGGGUGGACCACUGCUCCCUCUCCUACUGCGCCGACGGCCUGAUCGACGCCAUCAUGGGCUCCACCGCCAUCACCAUCUCCAACAACUACUUCUCCCACCACAACGAGGUGAUGCUCCUCGGCCACAGCGACGACUACCUGCCGGACACCGGGAUGCAGGUGACCAUCGCCUUCAACCACUUCGGCGAGGCGCUGGUGCAGCGCAUGCCCCGCUGCCGCCACGGCUACUUCCACAUCGUCAACAACGACUACACCCAGUGGGAGAUGUACGCCAUCGGGGGCAGCGCCAACCCCACCCUCAACAGCCAGGGCAAUCGCUACGUCGCCCCUUCCGACCCCAACGCCAAGGAGGUGACCAAGAGGGUGGACACGGACGAGAAGGACUGGGCCGGGUGGAACUGGAGGACGGAGGGGGACAUCAUGGUCAACGGGGCCUUCUUCGUGCCCUCCGGGGAGGGCCUGGAGGCCACGUACGCCAAGGCGGAGAGUCUCGACCCCAAGCCGGCCGCCAUCAUCGACCAGCUCACCAUGAACGCAGGCGUCCUCUGUGGGCCCAGGGAUAACGAUGUGGGGACGGGCUAUUCUGGGGUCAACAAUGGGGGCUUGAUGGCAGACGGUGGAGGUAGUGGGGCCGGCGGUGGUGGUGGAGGAGCAGGAUAUGGAUACCUUGGAAUGGUGUUUGCGAGCGGCGCACCACCGUCUGAUCCGCAUCGCCAUUCCAUUUUACUUUUGCUUUCCUCUUUAAUUAUUGCUCUCUUAUGUAAACUGUACUUGCAUCCUUCGUAGUUGUAGAUCUUAAAAGAAUUUUAGAUGAAGAAAUAUAGAUCAUCUAACGAGAUUAUGAUAU